UCGCGCUGCUGUUCCGGGGGGCGCUGCCAGAGCCGAGCAGGUGCCCGAAGAUGGCGAGUCGGAGCCGGAGCCGGACUCGGACUCAGGAAGAGCGGGAGAGGCGGCGGCAGCAACAGCAGCAGCAGCACCACCAGCAGCAGCAGCAUCACUGCUACCAGCCCGGCCUCGGCCCCUCCGCGCCCUCCUCCUCCUCCUCGCCGCCCCUCGGCUCGCCUUCGCCCCCCGCCGCCUCGCCGCCCUGCGGGGCCCUCACGCCGCCCUCGCCCUCCCUCGUCCUCCUCCUCCUGGCCGCCGCCGCCGCCGCCUCGCUGCUCCCCACAGGUGAUGGACAGAAUUUGGUUACAGAAGAUGUGACCGUCGUAGAGGGGGAAGUUGCCACCAUCAGCUGCAAAGUCAGAAACAGUGAUGACUCCGUGAUUCAGCUCUUGAAUCCCAAUAGACAGACGAUUUAUUUCAGAGACUUCAGACCUUUGAAGGACAGCAGGUUUCAGUUAGUGAAUUUCUCUAGCAGUGAGCUCAGAGUGUCACUGACGAAUGUCUCCAUUUCGGAUGAAGGAAGAUACUUCUGCCAACUCUACACGGACCCCCCACAGGAAUACUUUAUGACGAUUACAGUGCUUGUCCCACCACGUAACUUGAGGAUCGAAGCCCAGAAGGAGACCACAGUGGAAGGAGAAGAAAUUGAGCUGAAUUGUACAUCGUUGGCCAGCAGACCACCCACAGUGAUCAGAUGGUUUAAAGGCAACAAGGAGCUAUUUGGUAAAACGGAAGAGGAGCAGUGGUCAGACAUGUUUACAGUGACCAGUCGCCUUUCGUUGAAGGUCAAGCGAGAGGAUGAUGGGGUUGCUGUUGUCUGUCAGGUAGACCAUCCUGCCGUCAAAGACUUGCAGACCAAGUACUACCUAGAUGUAAUGUAUAAACCUGAAGUGCAAGUCCUGCAGAACUCCCCUGCGCAGCCUCUAACGAGAGAAGGAGACCUCCUCGACCUUCUGUGCCAAGUGAAGGGCAAACCAGAGCCUACAGAUGUGUCAUGGUUAAGAGUAGACGACGAGAUGCCUCAACACGUUAUAGUGUCAGGUUCAAACCUCCACAUUAACAGCCUAAACAAAAGCGAUAACGGCACAUACCGCUGCAAGGCUUCCAAUGAAGUGGGGAUGUCCUUUUCCGAUUACACACUUUAUGUAUACGAUCCCCCCACAACUCUCCCUCCACCCACAACAACCACAACCACUACCAUCCCUGCCACCACCACAGACACAACGGCGACGACAGAACCGGCAGUUCACGGCUUUACUCAGUUGCCAAAUUCCGCCGAAGAGCUGGACUAUGGGGAUCUCUCAGAUUCUCGAGCAGGUGAGGAAAGUGCCAUCACCGCUGUGGACCAUGCCGUGAUCGGUGGAGUCGUGGCCGUGGUGGUCUUUGCGAUGCUCUGUCUCCUUAUCAUUCUGGGACGGUACUUUGCAAGACACAAAGGUACAUACUUCACUCACGAAGCCAAAGGAGCUGACGAUGCGGCCGACGCAGACACAGCUAUAAUCAAUGCAGAGGGAGGACAGAACAACUCUGAAGAGAAGAAAGAGUACUUCAUCUAGAUCCGUCUUGAUUUCCAUGAGGUGUCCAACUGCGGACAGUUACUGGCCCUGUGUAGAAGAUACAGACUGUGAUGUUGGAAGUUGCUACCAGCUUAUGGUUUUGGGUUUUUU